CGGCCGUAAAAUAAAUCAACCGGAAGUGAGGUCAUCUUCGCGCAUGCGUAGACUGGUCUUGUAGCGACAGCGGGUGCUACUAGCUAGCUUUAGCUAAAAGCUAAUAGUAGAAAGACGGAGGAUGGAACCCAGCGAUAGAAUGGAGGUAGACGGCUGGGAUGCCAGUCUGGAGGAAGAACUAAACAUUUCUCUGGACGAGCUGAAGAAGUGGAUCGAUGAGGCGGUGGAGCAGAACGAGAUGGUGCAGAAGAAAACGGCUCAGCUGACUGAGCUGGAGAAGCAGGUGAAGAAGAAAGAGGAAGAGGAGCAAAAGACCGAGAAACUUCUCAAAGCUGCAAAGGAGUCUCUCCUGGAGUGUGAGAUGCUUGUGAGGGCCACAUAUCAGCAGAAAGGCCUCGUGUACAGAGAGAGCAGCUCGGACGAUGAAGAGGCCGGCGGACGCAUGUUGUCCUCCGAGGUCAUCGAGAUCGACGAUGAUGACGACGACGACGAUGACGACGUCAUAGCUGUUGGCUGCUUGAUCCCACCGCAGAAACCUGUCACUCCUGUCAAGGAUUCAGUGGUAAAAGACACCUCCACUGCACUCCAUAAAACCACAGAGCAGGUCAACAAACUGGUGCAAAUAAUCACCAGGCCUUCUCCGGGUGCCUCAUUUCCCAGAUCUCCAGCCCAGUCAGGUAUCCAUCCUGCAACGCCAGCAGUGAUCAUAUCGCAGGUUCCUUCUCAACACAUGACCCACGCCAGCCCCAAAAAGAGGGAAGAUGAACUCCGAGUCGGGAUGAUCAUUCUGGGAAAGAAACGGAUGAAAACAUGGCACAGAGGCACCCUGGUUGCUGUCAACGCCGUUGGAGGCAAUACAUUCAAAUACAAAGUCAAGUUCGACAAGGGCAAGAGUCUGCUCUCGGGGAACCACGUGGCUUUCGACUAUAACCCCACCCUGGAGAGUCUGUUUGUGGGGGCCCGGGUGGUGGCCAAGUACAAGGACAGCCAACAGGUGUGGCUUUACGCCGGGAUAGUAGCAGAGAUGCCCACCACCAAGAACCAAAUGAGGUUUCUGAUCUUCUUCGACGAUGGCUACGCCUCCUAUGUCAACCUACCAGACCUCUACCCUGUGUGCCGACCAUUGAAGCGUACCUGGGAAGACAUUGAGGACGCGUCAUGCCGAGACUUCAUCGAGGAGUACAUCACAGCUUACCCCAGCAGGCCCAUGGUCCUUCUGAAAGUUGGUCAGAUCAUCAAAACCGAGUGGGAUGGAACCUGGUGGAAGAGUAAAGUAGAGGAAGUGGACGGCAGCUUGGUCAAGAUCCUUUUUCUGGAUGAUAAGCGGACAGAGUGGAUCUACAGAGGCUCCACCAGGCUAGAGCCAAUGUUCAAUUUGAAGAUGACCACUGCCAACACCCAGGAGAAGAAGUUGGCCGGCCAGCAGAGGACACGACCAAAUAUGGGUGCAUUGAGAAGUAAAGGCCCUGUAGUCCAGUACACCAGUGACGGUCAUCUCGGAGCUUCUCCUGUCAAGUCCCCACCUGCUCAAAGUGUGCCGACGCCUCAAAAUCAACAACCACCAGCCCAACAAACCACUCAGCUCACUCAGUCGCCACGUGUUGACCCUAAACAUCAGAUGGCCAAGAAGAGCACUUCUCCAUUUAUCCCUGGGGUGGGAGGCACUCAUGCCUCUAAGGUCAUGCAGUCUCUGUCCACCAGCAACAUGCAAAGAAUGGUCACCCCCGCAGUAAGUAGCAGCCCUCAAGUUCAGCAGUCUUAUCAGAGGCAGGUGACCACUGUGGUCGCCCACCCGAUGGCCACCAUCUCCCACCCGAACGCCACCAUCCCCCACCAGCCGUCGUACCGUGCCCCCACUGACCGCAUCUUCUACACGGUGCACACUUGCCACCCCACCUGCCUGAGUCGCGUGCGGCCGCUUAAACUAGACAUCCACCGGGGGAAGAACCCCCUCCUCACGCCGCUACUGUACGAUUUCCGGCGCAUGACGGGCCGGCGCAAAGUCAACCGCAAGAUGACCUUCCACGUGAUCUACAAGGCCCCGUGCGGGCUGUGCCUCCGUAACAUGGCCGAGAUCCAGCACUACCUCUUCCAGACACGCUGUGACUUUAUCUUCUUGGAGAUGUUCUGCCUCGAUCCCUACGUGCUGGUCGAUCGUCCUUUCCUGCCGCUGAGGCCCUUCUACUAUAUUCCUGACAUCACCGACGGAAACGAGGACAUCCCGCUGUCCUGCGUCAACGAGAUCGAUUCCACGCCACCUCCCAACGUUGCCUACAGCAAAGAGCGCAUUCCUGAAGACGGAGUGUUCAUCAACACAAGUCCUGACUUCCUGGUUGGAUGUAAUUGCACUGAUGGCUGUCUGGACAAGUCCAAAUGUUCUUGCCACCAGCUGACCCUGCAGGCCACAGGUUGUACUCCGGGUGCACAGAUCAACCCAAAUGCUGGAUAUCUCCACAAGCGAUUAGAGGAGUGCCUGCCCACAGGGAUCUACGAAUGCAAUAAGCGUUGCAAGUGUUGCAGCCAGAUGUGCACCAACCGUUUGGUGCAGCACGGCCUGCAGGUGCGGCUUCAGCUCUUCAAGACCCAGAACAAAGGCUGGGGCAUCCGCUGCUUAGACGACGUGGCCAAGGGCUCUUUUGUCUGCAUCUAUGCUGGUAAAAUCCUAACCGAUGACUUUGCCGACAAAGAAGGUUUAGAGAUGGGUGAUGAAUACUUUGCUAAUCUGGACCACAUUGAGAGCGUGGAGAAUUUCAAGGAGGGCUAUGAGAGCGAGGCUCACUGUUCUGACAGCGAGGGCAGCGGCGUGGACAUGUCCAGGUUAAAAAUUCAACCAUCAGCCUUGGUGUCCGGUAACUCUUUUGGACGACAGGCCAAAAAAGAAGAAAGCUCAGGCUCGUCCGGGGAAAGCAAUGGCGAGGACGAUAAAGAGUCAAAAAGUGAGGAUGAGAGUGACAGUUCAGACGACACGUUCGUGAAGGACAAUUUAUACAGCAGCAGCUCCGUGUGGAGGAGCUACACCACGCGUGGACAGGCCAAAGGCAACAAGGACGAAAGUCAGGACGUUAAAGAAGGGACUACUACCGUUCCAGCCAAAGUAGAUGAGAAGUCAGUGUCUGUGCCAGAAGAGACGGGGAAAAACAAAGUAGCAUCCUGGCUCACCAACCAGGGACAGAAGAAGGAGUCUGCAGAGGGCAAGAGCCAAGUGAAGCCUGACUCUGCAAAGAAGCCGGAAGUGACCACUGUCUCCGACAGUGACGACGUCCAAACCAUCAGCUCGGGUUCUGACGACAACAGGGAGAAAGAGAAACCCCCCACUGGCGUGGUUAAGAAGCAGGUAGCCGUGAAGUCCACUCGAGGCAUCGCCUUGAAGACGGGUCACGGCAUGAUGGUUAAGACGGGGGCGCCCGCAGGUGUGACGUCACAAGGAGGCCAGGGUGCUAAACCGGGGCAGCAGGGACAGACGGGAGGGGGUGGAGAAAAUGGCCACAAAAACACCCGGCUGUUUUUCGAUGGCGAAGAAUCGUGUUACAUCAUCGACGCCAAGCUGGAGGGAAACCUUGGCCGCUACCUCAACCACAGCUGCAGUCCCAACCUCUUUGUCCAGAACGUCUUUGUGGACACACACGACUUGAGGUUCCCUUGGGUAGCGUUCUUUGCCAGCAAGCGUAUCCGGGCUGGAACGGAGCUGACCUGGGACUACAACUAUGAAGUGGGCAGCGUGGAGGGCAAAGUGCUGCUGUGCUGCUGCGGCUCCACCGAGUGUAGAGGAAGACUUCUGUGAGUGUUCUCUCGCUGCCCGCUGCUACUUUUUUUAUAUAAAAAAAAACAAAAAACAAUAUCAAGAAAAACUACUGUUAUUGUUUUUUUAAUUGUGUUUAUUUUCUUUUAGCAUUUGAUGAUUUCAGGUUUUUCAGUUAUUUUUAUAUGCAGUCGUUUCAUUUGACUUACAGCAAGUUUAUUUGAAUUUUUUAAAUAAAAUAUGGUUGUUUUUUUCCAAAAAA